UCCAAAACGGUCCCACAAUUUUCAAGAACUGUCAAACGUUCUACUUGUAUACUAAAAAGAAGUUGAAGAACUGACUAGUGUAAAAGCCAGAGGAAAAACAAACAUGGGUUGGGUCUCAUUCUUACAACAAGCUUCAGCUUAUGUUGUUGUCAUUUCUGCACUUUCCUCUUGUUUCAUAAACCCAGUUCUAGCUCAGUGUAAAAAUGCACCAGUUAUUUUCAAUUUUGGUGAUUCUAACUCGGAUACGGGUGGACUCGUGGCCGGACUCGGGUACCCAAUUAACCUCCCAAAUGGUCGAACUUUCUUCGGCAGAUCAACUGGUCGUCUCUCUGAUGGUCGCCUCAUUCUUGAUUUUCUCUGUCAAAGUGUUAAUACAAGGUUCCUGAGCCCAUACCUAGACUCUGUGGGAUCCACUUUCUUGAAUGGAGCAAAUUUUGCUAUAGCAGGAUCUCGUUUACUGCCUAAGUAUGAACCGUUUGCACUAAAUAUUCAAGUCAUGCAGUUUCUUCAUUUCAAGGAUCGCUCAAUUGAACUUGUUAGUGCUGGUUCUGGAAAUUUGGUUGGUGAUGAAGGAUUCCACAAUGCUCUUUCUAUGAUAGAUAUUGGACAAAAUGACAUUGCCGAUUCAUUUGCUAAGAACAUGUCUUACAUAGAAGUAGUCAAGAUGAUCCCCUCCUUUGUUACAGAGAUCAAGAAUGCUAUUCAGGUCAUAUAUUCUCAAGGAGGGCGGAAAUUUUGGGUCCACAACACUGGGCCACUAGGAUGCCUACCUCAAAAACUUACCCUGGUUCAGAAAGUUUCCUCUGAUCUUGAUCCACAUGGCUGUCUUGCAAGUUACAAUUCUGCAGCACAGCUGUUUAAUGAAGGGCUGCGACAUGUGUGCCAAGAGUUGGGAUCUGAAAUGAAGGAUGCUACUAUUGUGUAUGUAGACAUAUAUGCUAUCAAAUAUGAUCUUAUAGCCAACUCCAGCAACUAUG